AUGGUUCCUGUUCUCAAUAUUGGACAUGUCGGUGUUGUGACUGAUGUUAAGGUGAAAGGUUCGAGAGCCGGUUGGAUUACGAUGAGGAGAAAUUGGGGACAGGUUGGGGAUACCGGUAGGGUGCUAACCGGACAGAGUCUGUCUUUUAAAGUUACUGUAAGCGAUGGGAAAUGGUUGGAGUUUGAUAAUGUUGCUCCAACUAAUUGGAAGUUUAACCAAAACUUAUGA